AUGGCCAGGCCAAAGGCGCCACUGUCUAACUCGCUCCCCCCUCUGGUCUUCGGGACCGCCACCUUCAAUUAUCAGUACAAUGUUGACCCAUAUGCAUUGGGUCCAACAUCUCUGGUUCAAAAGGCUCUCGCCCAAGGAGUCCAUGCUUUCGACACCUCCCCUUACUAUGGACCAGCGGAAGAGAUUCUCGGGACUGCUCUGGACACCGACCUAGUCCGACGCCAUUAUCCCCGGGAUCAGUACUUCAUUCUCACAAAGGUUGGCCGCAUCGCCGCUGAUGCCUUCGACUACUCCCCGUCUUGGGUCAGACAAAGUGUCCAGCAAAGCUGCAAGCGUCUCAGGACCAAUUACCUCGACGUGGUCUAUUGCCAUGACUGCGAAUUUGUUUCGCCACACGAAGUCCUCUGCGCAGUACGGGAGCUCCGUCGGAUUCGGGACGAAGAAGGCACCGUGAAGUAUGUCGGCAUCUCCGGUUACCCUGUGUUGGUCCUCUGCGAGCUGGCCGAAAUGAUUCUGCGAGACACGGGAGAACCGCUGGACAUUGUUCAAUCGUACGCGAAUUUCACUCUCCAGAACACUCGGCUCCUGUCGGACGGUCUCCACCGUCUGGUCAACGCCGGCGUGGAUGUCGUGACAAAUGCCAGUCCCCUUGGAAUGGGUCUGUUGAGAUCGACUGGACCUCCCGUGGGUGCCAUGGGCAAUUGGCAUCCUGCUCCGGAUGGGCUCCGACAAGCCUGCAUUAACGCGGCCAAAUGGGCCGAGGCCAGAGGGGAAAAGCUCGAAGUUGUCGCGGUCAGAUUCGCCCUGGAAAACUGGCUUCGAGAGGGCGCCAAAGGAGGUGCCUUGGGUAGCCCGCUGGCUAACGCCGACACGUCUUAUGGCCACGCUCUCAGCCUGCCCCGGGAGAGACUCGGGGUCAGUGUCAUGGGUGUCAGUCGGGUGGAAGAGCUCGAGGAGACGAUGCGGGUGUGGAGAAGCGUGCUCGACGGUCUAGCCGACGACCUUGACGCCGAACCCGGGACAAUCACCCCCUCGGACGCGGUCAGUGAUCACGAGUGGUCUCUAGCGCGCCGUCAGACUAUCCGCGAACUGGCCAAAGGGAUCCGGGGCGUCAUCGGCUCUCAGUGGGUUAACUACGCUUGGGCGUCCCCUGAUCCCGGCUUUGUCAACCAAAGAAAGAGGAAGGACGAUGUUGUGAUGGAUGAGGUAGAAAUUGCUGCCGCUCCCGACACAACGAUGCCCACGCCACCCUCGGAAGCUGACGACAAUGGGAAACCGACCGACGUACCUCCUUUGUGA